CCAAAACCACUGAGCCAUGGUUUCCCGAAGCACACACGUCUCUAUCGUUCCCAAAUUUCCACAACCUCGUCCAUAAUUUUCGAUUCGAUCCCUAAAACAAAGAUCCAAUUUUUCCUACCCCAUCGUCUCCAAAAUCGCACCUUGUUCUCGUAGAGGUGAAUAACGAGCAAUCCGAGCUCGAAUCCAUGGCUUCGCUCCUCGCGGCUUCGAAAUGCUCUUUCUUUAACCCUAAGAAGGAAUUCGAUAUUGGCUCGUCCUUUUCCCCCUCAAUUAGUGCUCACAGAUGUCGCAGACGUGCAAUGAGAAAGGUCCUUGCCGUCAUGGCACCGCCGGCCCCAUCGCCGCGUUCUCCAGCUACAACCGGUUCGGUAAAGCAUUCGAUGACUAUGACGGAGAAGAUCCUGGCUAGGGCGUCGGAGCGGUCGCAGUUGGAGCCGGGAGAGAAUGUGUGGGUUAAUGUGGAUGUUUUGAUGACUCAUGAUGUGUGUGGGCCGGGGACAAUCGGGAUAUUUAAGAGAGAAUUCGGGCAGAAUGCGAAGGUUUGGGACCGCGAAAAGAUCGUGAUUAUACCAGACCACUACAUUUUUACCAGUGAUGAGCGUGCAAACAGGAAUGUGGAUAUCUUGAGGGACUUCUGUAGUGAGCAAAAUAUUAAGUACUUUUACGAUAUAAAGGAUCUAAGUAAUUUCAAGGUUAAUCCGGAUUAUAAAGGUGUAUGCCAUGUUGCCCUCGCCCAAGAAGGUCACUGUAGACCUGGUGAGGUUUUGCUUGGCACUGAUUCCCACACAUGUAAUGCUGGAGCUUUCGGCCAAUUUGCCACAGGAAUUGGCAAUACUGAUGCAGGUUUCGUGAUGGGCACUGGGAAAGUUCUUCUAAAGGUACCACCUACAAUGAAGUUCAUACUGGAUGGAGAAAUGCCUGAUUAUUUACUUGCCAAGGAUUUAAUUUUGCAAAUCAUUGGUGAAAUUACUGUUGCCGGUGCGACAUACAAAUCUAUGGAAUUCGUUGGCUCAACUGUUGAGAGCUUAACUAUGGAAGAGAGGAUGACAUUGUGCAAUAUGGUUGUUGAAGCUGGGGGAAAGAAUGGAGUAGUCCCUGCGGAUGAAACUACAUUUAAGUACCUUGAGGAUAAGACAUCUGUGAAAUAUGAAACUGUUUAUAGCGAUGACAAUGCCAGAUUUAUCAGUGACUACAAGUUUGAUGUUUCCAAGUUGGAACCACUGGUCGCGAAGCCUCAUUCACCUGAUAAUCGUGCUCUGGCAAGAGAAUGCAAAGAUGUCAAAAUCGACAGGGUUUACAUUGGUUCUUGUACUGGUGGGAAGACCGAGGAUUUUCUAGCUGCUGCGAGGGUUUUCCUAGCUUCCGGGAAAAAGGUCAAAGUUCCCACUUUUCUUGUCCCUGCAACACAAAAGGUAUGGAUGGACAUAUAUAGCCUCCCCGUUCCGGGGUCUGGCGGCAAGACUUGCUCUCAAAUAUUCGAGGAGGUCGGCUGUGAUGUUCCGGCUAGCCCUAGUUGCGGAGCUUGUUUGGGAGGUCCCCGAGACACUUAUGCACGGAUGAACGAACCGCAGGUUUGCGUGUCGACCACAAACAGGAACUUCCCCGGCAGGAUGGGCCACAAAGAAGGGCAGAUCUAUUUGGCUUCGCCGUACACGGCCGCGGCUUCAGCGCUGACGGGCUUUGUCACCGACCCAAGGGAGUUCCUUAUGUAGACAAAAAAGCUUUCGCGUUCAUCGACACUCGUCCACUGUAAAUUAUAUGCGCAUGUAGUGAGAUGGAAUGCAUGUUGAUAAUGAUUUUUCUGCUGUUGGUUACUGCUCAAUCUGAUCUUCUGUACAAUGGUCGAGAGUCAUCCUAAAUACUUCCUGCAAAUUUUUAUCUAGCUAAAAACGUUUUAAUGAUUUUUGAUGCCAGUGCAGUUUUCUAAGUGGUUGAGAAUGGUGAUCUUUCCUCUAAGUAAGGCCUCAUUUGUAUCAUUAGUUCUUAUAAAAACAUAAAUUCAAUGUGAUAGAGUGCGCCGGCAGAUGCUAGAUUGUUUGUAAUUUCUAAUCUGCGGAGUUUGUCUGGCAACAGAAAAUAAGAUUGUGCUAGUAACUUUUCUUUUUAUAUUUUUGCGACAAUGUUAUGUUUCUUGUGUUACCUUAUUAA